AUGGAUUGGAGCAACGUGACGGCAGAAGAUCUGAUCGAAGCUCUCCGCGAAGUUGAUUGGUCGUCUCCUCCUCGCCCAAUCUCGGAAUUUUUCUCCAGGUUUACUGUGCCCCGAUCGUAUUCCAAGUGGAGCAGUCGCAUCAAGUGCAAUCUCUACUACUAUCGAACAAACUACUACAUCAUGGUUAUGUUCAUACUUGGGUUAGGAUUCCUGAGGAGGCCCCUUGCUAUUGUGGCUGCCGCCUUGACAGCGCUUACAAUUGCCUUUCUAAACGACAGGAUCAACGUUCUUGCAAUACUUCCAAGCUGGAUCACUGGUACUCUUACCAGUGCUCAUAUUAGAAUCCAAUGA